CACCUGUAAGAUGAGACGCUGACUGUGGAGCUCAGCAGCUGCCUCAAUGCGUACAGCCUUUACCCUGACGAUCCUUUUUACUGUAUGAUCAUGUCUGGCCUAGCCAAAGCUGCAAACACUCUGAAAUCUGUAGAUUAUGAAGUUUUUGGCAAUGUCCAGGGUGUGUGCUUCAGAAUGUACACUGAAGAUGAGGCCAGGAGAAUUGGCGUAGUCGGCUGGGUGAAGAACACGAGACAAGGCACUGUGGUGGGGCAAGUCCAGGGUCCUGAAGAAAAGGUCAAUUCCAUGAAAGCGUGGCUGAGCAAAGUGGGCAGUCCCAGUUCACGGAUCGAUCGGACCAUAUUUUCUGAUGAAAAGGAGAUCCCGAAGCUUCAGUUUAAUGGAUUCAGCACCAAAUACUGAAGAAAUAAAUAAGCAAUCAGCUUCUGUCAUGUUACAGGCUGUGUUUGAAAAAGUGACAGUUGGAAGCUGAUGAGUUGUUACUUUAUCUCUCUCCAAGUUUUGAUAAAUUUCCCCUUUAGUGCCUGAUAACAAUUUGAAAAAUGUAAAUAAUAGUAUAUAAGCCUGCGAGCAGGGCCCCCUGACCUCUUUGUCUGUCUGUUAUGACACAGUCUUGUUUUAUUACUAUUUUGUUCCCAAUUGAAAGUGCAACGGAAAAUGCUGGUGCUUUUAGUAGCUGUUAUUAAAUAAAUAAAAAUAUAAUUAAGGGUGA